AGUUGUGAACCCAUUAACAUUUAUUGACACACUCUCCACAAUGAAGAUGCUGCUGAGUUUGAUUGUUCUGCUCUCUGUAUUUCUGUUGAUUAGUUCAGCUCCUCCAACCUGCUACUCAAGGAUUCUGUCUUUGAGCAAAGAAAUCAUGGCAUCAUUUAAGAAUUUACAGAACACUGAACCUGUGGACCCCUGUGUGGAGAUGCUGCCCAAGCUCUACUUGGACAUACAUAAUUAUUGUGUGUUGGCAAAACUCCGUAACUUUGUGGCAUACCCUGCAUGUCAAAGAGUGCCACAAGUGAGUGCUCUGAAGGAAAAGAUCCGGAGCCUGUACACCAUUAUGAUCUCCUUCUGCAGGAGGGACUUAGUGUUCCUUACUGACGAUUGUGAGGCUUUGGAAAUCCCUGUCUUGUUUCCGACUGAUCCCUCUGUCAUUCAGAGCUAAGAGAGUCAGACCACAGAAAGUACCUGCGAUGGUUUAAAGGAAGCCAAGAGCCACCCAAAAAUGCAAUCAACUACAACAUUUACAACCUUGUUCUUUUUCAAGCACACUAGCCCUAUUAUCUCAGACCUACUCAUGUUUCUCAGCCUUGGCAGGAAAUGAUCUGCAUGCCUUACAUACCUAUCAAGCUGCUAGCAAAACUAUGGUUAAAAAGCAUUUUAGUCAUUUGAUGUUUUCAGUUUAGAGCGAGUUAGAAAGUAUGUUUUGUUUGAUCAGAAA